CACAGUCAACUUUCUAACGGCGAGCACUAAUUUCUUGAGAAACCUACAAAAUGGCCAUGAUACCCACCACCUACAACGAAAAGGAUAAUGUCUGGAGCGGAGCCAAGCGGAACUCCAUGUACAACUAUGACACCUCCGUGGGCAAGAUCAUUUUCAACAACAUGAAGAACUGGCCGAAGAACGUGUGUCAGAUAUGUGAUGUGGAUGGAGUAACUGUCACCUUCGAGGAGGGUCUCACCUGGGCGAUUCGGAUAGCCCAGUACCUGAAGAAGCGGGGUCUGAACCACAAGGAUGUUAUUGGCAUUGCGGCCAAAAACUCUACCUAUGUGAUGCCCUUGGGAGUGGCUUGCCUAAUGAAUGGCACUCCCUUCCAUUCGGUGAAUCCUGUGCUAGAUGAUGGAACCUUGACCCACGUAUUCUCGAUCACCAAGCCAACGCUGAUAUUCUGCGAUGGACAUGAGUACGAUAAGGUUCACAAGGCUACUGUGGGUUGGCACCCGGAGAUCCUUACCCUAACGGAACAUGUUGAAGGAGUCCAGGGAAUUGAGACCCUGCUGGAUCCUACCAGCACUGAAAAGUUUUAUCAACCGGAAGUCUUGAAGGAGGGUGGUGAUCAAACCGUGGCCAUUUUGUGCUCCUCUGGAACUACUGGUCUGCCCAAGGCUGUGUGCAUUUCCAAUAGCAUCCUGAUUCAGGACAGCAUGUUGGUUACCAGUCAGUCGGUUAUCUACGUAGGAAGCUGCCUCGACUGGAUUACGGGUCUGUGGGCCUUUGUCUUCAGCACUGUGUUCGGUUGCACUCGCAUUAUCAGCAACAAAGCCUUUAGCCCCGAGUACUUCGUGGGUCUGGUGAAGAAGUACAAGAUCAACUAUGCCGUUCUCCCACCUCGCCAUUUGUCCGCUCUGAUCACCUGUCCGGAUGCCAAACCGGAGGCCCUGGCUCCCAUUACCCACCUGAACUACGGCGGAGGUUCGAUUUCGUUGGCCACCCUGCAGCGAUCCCAGGAACUCUGCAAGACAGCCAUGUUCAACUCGGGUUACGGAAUGACCGAGGUGGGAGCCAUCACGAUCAAUAUUGGCAUUAGCAACGUCUCCUCGGCGGGCAGGCCUGUGCCGGGCAUUAAGAUUCGAAUCGUGGACGAGGACGGCAAGAGCAUGGGCUACAACCAGGUGGGCGAGAUCUAUGUGCACACGGGUCAGGCGUGGAAUGGGUACUACGGAAAUCCUGUAGAGACAAGGCGCAUGCAGGACUUCGAGGGAUGGUUCCACACUGGGGAUCUCGGGUACUUCGAUGAGCAGAACUUCCUGUAUAUAGUGGAUCGCAAGAAGGAGAUCUUGAAGUACCAGGGUCUGCACUACUGGCCCACCGAGAUCGAGAGCGUUAUCGCGGAGCUGCCGCAGGUGCAGGAUGUCUGUGUGGUGGGGAUCUACGAUGAGCGGGAGGGAGAUGCAGCCGGAGCACUGGUGGUCAAGAGCAAGGGAGCCAAUAUUUCCGGCAAGGAGAUCGUGGACCAUGUGGCCAAGCGACUGCCCGCCACGCAGAAGCAGCUGAGAGCCGGUGUCCAGUUCACCGACAAACUGCCCGCCAAUGUCAAUGGCAAGACAAUGCGAAAGACGGCACGCGACGUGUUCGUCGCCCAGAGCGGAACGGGAAAGUGAGAUCCGAACGAUCAAUAUCAAUUGAGUAUAGUUUUAAUCACAAGUGCAGGGGGAG